AUGGGCGCAUCAUCAUUGUGGGCGAUGUGCACGGUGCGUUGCUGCCUGCAGGGCAUUAGCUGGGCUGGUGGCGGAGAACGUAAAGAGGCGGCAGGUGGCUCUUGGGAUGGCAGCACGUGCCUCAUGGGAUGGCAGCACGUGCCUCAUGGGAUGGCAGCACGUGCCUCAUGGGAUGGCAGCACGUGGCUCAUGGGAUGGCAGCACGUGGCUCAUGGGAUGGCAGCACGUGCCUCAUGGGAUGGCAGCACGUGCCUCAUGGGAUGGCAGCACGUGCCUCAUGGGAUAGCAGCACGUGGCUCAUGGGAUGGCAGCACGUGGCUCAUGGGAUGGCAGCACGUGGCUCAUGGGAUGGCAGCACGUGGCUCGUGGGAUGGCAGCAUGUCUUGGUGCCAUGCGGAGUUGGAGGCAUUGAUGGAGCGCUGUGAGCGCAAGGACGGGGACGUGGUCAUACUGGUGGGGGACAUGGUCAACAAGGGGCCGGACUCGCAUGCAGUGCUGCGCAUGGCGCGCAGGAUGGGGGCAGUGGCAGUGAGAGGCAACCACGAUGACAAGGCACUCGCUGUUGCUGCUGCUGCCGCCACUGGCAAGUCGAAGCGGUGGCGCAACAGCAAGUGGCCCAGUGACCUGUCGUCCACGGAUCUGGAAUGGCUCCUCUCGCUGCCCUUCUCCAUUCGCAUUCCCUCCCACAACUGCCUCGUUGUGCACGCGGGCCUUGUGCCUGGCGGGGGCAUGGAUUCGAGUCUGAGUGAGUGGGACGCACACGACUGGCUUGUGUCUGGGGGGGACAGCAGCAGUGGUGAGGGGGAGGAGGCGAAUGGUUGGGCCCGGGGGUGGGGGUGGGAGGCGUGCAAGGCUGCUGAUGAGGGGGCGGUGCUGUGGAGCCACGAGUGGCGUGGCAGGGAGCACGUGGUGUUCGGCCACGAUGCUGUCAGGGGCCUGCAAAGGACUCCCUGGGCGACAGGGCUUGACACGGGUUGUGUGUACGGGGGCCGCCUCACAGCGUGUGUGCUGCCGUCGCUGGCGCAGCUGCAGCAGCUGACGCACGCGCGUGCAGCGGAGCAGCGCAGGGAGGGGCACCAAGGAGCGGUGCGCGUGUGGCCCAUGCUGCAGAUCGUGUCUGUGGCGGCACAGAGGCAGUACGCCAUGCCCAAGGUCAAGGGGCGCAAAUGA